AUGGAGCAUUCAAAUGCAAUUGAUACCAAGUCGGUUCAUGAAGUAUCUGAUCAUGGAGUACAAUCCAAUCCUGAGUCACCAGAUGGGCUAUGGCUCCGAUUCCUUACCUAUAUCAAAUGGUAUCCCAAGGGCAUGUCACACCUAGAGAAAAAGCUGGUCCUCAAACUGGAUAUCAUGAUCUUAAUCUUUGGCUGCCUUUCAUUCUUCACCAAAUACCUUGACCAACAAGCGACCACCAAUGCCUAUGUAUCAGGCAUGGAAGAAGACCUGAAUCUGCAUGGCAAUGAAUUGAACUUCAUGACAGCGGUAUUCUGGGCUUCGUAUUGCACCUCCAUGAUACCAGCCUGCUACUGGUUAACGCGCACGCGAAUCAACAUCGCGCUGCCAACCCUAGAAAUCGGAUGGGGACUCUCCACAUUCGGCUGUGCUUGGGCCCAAAAUCUGAAUACGAUAUACGCAAUGCGCUUCUUCCGUCAUCUAUGUCAUCGGGUCGUGCGAAUUAAAGGUCUCUUCAAGCGAGUCUUUGGACGAUGGCAUUGGUAUGUCUUUGUCGUGCAUUGGACUUUAAUGGACCAGAGCUUCACACCAUACUCGACACCCUUUAGUCUAUAUCUCAAGGCUAAACCUGAAAUUUACUCCGUCUCACGGGUGAACACCUUACCGACGAUCGCAACGGCGCUGUCUGUGGUAGCAGCGCUAGUAGCGGGCGUUGCCGCGGAUCGUCUGCGAAAUUUCUGGAUUCCUUCUGUUGCGACCAGCAUUCCUGUCCUGAUUGGUGUGAUUUUGCUUGUUGACUACAAUGUUGGGGAAACGGGAAGGCUAGUCGGAUUUAUCCUCACAAGAUUCGAAGGCGCAAUUAGUUCGCUCAGUACGGAGUAUGAGUUGGGCGACUAUCACCAUGGCUAA